AUGUGGAAGAAAUUCGAAGAUAAAUAGCUCUGCAGUUUUAGUAUUCUCUAACAAAAAAGAAUAAAGUAUUUUAUACAGAAUCAACCAUCUAAAACUGUACUUUUCCUCCAAUUAAGAAUUUUGGCAAAAUAUCCAUUUUCAAUGAACCUACUCAGAUUAUUGGUUCUGAUGCAUCUUCAAAGGUAAUUCUGCUUUUUCUCACUCUCAGAUGUGUCUUUUGAAACAGAAGUUGAUAUUUUUACAAUACAACUAAAUGUAUCUAAAGGAAGUAUCUAACUUGUAAGAAUUUCAUUUAUUGUAUAAUAUUUACUUUUAAUCAGAUUUAAAGGCUAUAUUAGAAUCUGAGAUA